AUGUUCGUCUUAUCCAUUUCCUUUUCCAAAAAGAAAAAUUAUUAAACAAAUAAAAAGUAGAGAAAAAUCAAAUAAAAUAUAUUCACCAAAAUCUCAACUUCUAGAGAGAGAGAGAAAAACAGAGAGAGAAGGGUCUGCUUUGGCGGUUGGAAGCAGAAGUUGCUAUCAGAACAUUGCUUCAUAAAUAAAAUCUCAGGUGUUAGAUUAGGCCAACGGUUCUCUUCUCCCUUUCUUUAUUUCUCUUCAAACCAAAGCAAAGAAACGAAACUAAAGCAAAACAUAUAAACAAUCCUAUUUUGUUGGUUACGGUUUGAUUCUUGGUAGCCAUCCCUCGCCCAACUUCACCUUCUCUGACAUAAUCACAACACCCUUCUUCUCUCGUUUCUUCCAUCUGUCCCUAUAUAAUCAGUUAAUCACAUAUCGUGGAGUUCGUGUACGGAACUGAGUUUGCCUUUUUGUAAGUGGUUGCAGAUAAAAGGUCUAACUCCAAAUGGAUACUGUUCAGCCUGAUUCACCUUCCAAAAAAAUCUCCAUCACUAUUUCAUCCUCUUCUUCGUUAUGUACCACACCACCACGCAGUGAAAACAGUCAUGUGGCUACUAGCUCUGUUGUUCAAGAGAGGCUUCCAACUUCCUUCUACUUAAGAUUAGCUAUGAAGGUAUCUAGAGCUAGAUGGUUCAUCUUCUUGAGAAGAGUUUUUCACUACCAGAACGGAUCAAGAUCAGACCUCGGGUCUAAUCCUUUCAACUCCAGCACGUGGAUGAUCUCUGAGCUCCUAGCUCUGUUUAUUCAGCUUACUGUCAUAACAUUCACACUAGCUAUCUCCAAAGAUGAGAGACCUAUCUGGCCGGUGAGGUUAUGGAUCACAGGCUAUGAUGUGGGAUGUCUCCUCAGUCUCAUGCUCUUGUAUGGUCGGUUUCGCCAGCUAGACCAAGAUAAUGGUUUUGUCCAUGGAGAUAUUGAGCAGCAAGAGAGAAGCAGAGAAGAUAACAGGAGCUCUCGUUUGAUGAAUAGAUGCAGAACGUCGCUAGAGCUGUUCUUUGCGAUUUGGUUUGUGGUUGGGAAUGUUUGGGUGUUCGAUUCUAGGUUCGGUUCUUUCAACCAUGCUCCAAGGCUUCACAUCCUCUGCGUCUCUCUUCUAGCUUGGAACGCUCUCUGCUACUCGUUUCCUUUUCUUCUCUUCAUGUUCCUAUGUUGCAUUGUGCCUCUCGUUAGUAGCCUACUUGGAUACAACAUGAACAUGGGAUCUUCAGACAGAGGAGCAUCAGAUGACGAAAUAUCUAGUCUCCCUAGCUGGAAAUACAAACGAAUCGAUGACAAUGCUUCAUCUCCUACAACUGAUGAUCCAUGUUGUAUAUGUUUGGCAAAGUAUAAAGACAAGGAAGAAGUAAGAGAGCUACCAUGUUCACAUAAGUUUCAUCUAAAGUGUGUAGAUCAAUGGCUUCGUAUCAUAUCUUGUUGUCCUCUCUGCAAACAAGAUCUUUCCAGAUGAUAGAAGGCAAAAACCCUAAAGCAGACAAGAGCUCAUAAGAGUCAAUGUCUGUGAUUUAAGUUAUAUAGUUUUUUUUUUGGUUUGGUUUUUCUUUUAAAGGUUUUUAGUUUUUGUUUUGUUUUGAUUUGAUUUGAAGCAAAUAGGUUACUUGUGUGAGUGUCAAAUUUUUGUACAGAAAGAGCUCACCAGUAACCGUAAAAUACAUUGUGAGGAGAGAUAUAAAUCACAAUGCCACAAAUAUUAUAGAAUCUUGAUGUAGACUUGUAGUGUUUAUGCUUCA